UCUCCUCUCCCACACAUGCCACUUAAAUUUUAGAGGAUUGAAAUUUCCCCAAUUUAAGAGGAUUGAGACUUGAGAGUGAGCUGUGAAGGUGUGAGUUCGCAGAUAUCUUCUUGUUGAGAGUGUUGUUGAGAGUGUUGACAGGACACAGAAAGCAUAGCAAAUUAGCAAUUAGCAAUUAGCAGAGGAGGAUGUCCAUGUCCUCGGUUAUACCUUCAUCAACCAUUUCUCUUACCCCACCAUCUCUUAAAACCCGACACCUCUUUCCCUCGCUUCCCCUCUUUCGUCUCUCAACUCUUCAGAAUCGGCUCAAGAGUUGUCAUGUCAAGUGUACUUAUUCAGGAACAAACAUAGAGGAGAGCUCCAGAGCUACUACAAUAGAUGUGACAGCUAAUGUUAGAACUGAAAAGCUAGUUGUUUUGGGAGGCAGUGGAUUUGUUGGCUCUGCAAUAUGUAAGGCUGCUGUAUCAAAUGGCAUAGAGGUUGUAAGUCUAAGCAGGUCAGGACGGCCUCGUAUCUCAGAAACUUGGGUAGAUCAGGUUUCCUGGUUGCCAGGUGAUGUUUUUUAUGCUAAUUGGGAUGAAGUCCUUAUUGGAGCGACUGCUGUUGUUUCAACACUGGGAGGUUUUGGAAAUGAGGAGCAAAUGAAAAGGAUCAACGGUGAGGCUAAUGUUGUUGCAGUAACUGCCGCAAAAGAAUAUGGAGUUCCUAAAUACAUCUUGAUAUCAGUGCAUGAUUACAAUUUGCCGCCCUUCUUGCUUGAAUCUGGAUAUUUCACUGGAAAGAGGAAAGCUGAAUCAGAGGUUCUUUCACGAUACCCUAAUGCAGGUGUUGUACUAAGGCCGGCUUUUAUAUAUGGUAAAAGAAGGGUGGAUGGCUUUGAGAUCCCUCUCGACUUGGUAGGGGAGCCGUGGGAAAAGAUUCUGAGUGUUACAGAGAAUCUUACCCGGCCAUUAAAUUCUCUUCCUGCUUCAGACUUGCUUUUGGCGCCUCCUGUUAGCGUCGGUGAUCUUGCACUGGCAGUAAUUAAUGCCGUGAGAGAUGACGACAUGUUUGGUAUCUUUACAAUUGACCAAAUUAAGCAAGCUGCCAAAUACAUCAAGGUGUGACCAUGUACUCAUUUAGAUUGGAGCUUUUCACCAGCAUCACCAACUUCAGCACUUGCUAGAUAGUCAGUCAGCUAAAUAUAUAUAUAUAGUUUGAUGUACGAAGCAGGCUUCCUAGUACUAUUUUCUUACAACCUUAGCCGGUUAGCCCCGAUAGAUUUGUGUAUAUUUGGUCAAUUACAGGGAAUGGUAAGAAUUUUGGGCUACGGAAUCCGUAUCCGUAUGCAUUGGAUAUUCCCCUUUUCCCCCAAGGCCCAAUAUUCAGAUUCUUAUAGUGCCA